UUGCCGUGGCCUCUGAUUUGACGGGAGAACGCGAUUAAACAGAGAACAUUUCUUCUGAAAAAGCAUCAAUGGACGCCACGGGUUUUGCUCUUUUAAUGAUAGGGGUGCACACGGCCGCCGCUUUUAACGGGAGCCUGCCUAGAGGACGUGCUUUUGCCGUUUACACACGGACAGAAGUGGUUACAGAUGAGCCAAUUGACUAUCCUUAUUCUGAUAACAUUUCUCAAACCACUCAAGGCUUUAGAAACAGGUCCAGACAAAUCGAGAUUAACUAUGUAAAGGAUAAGGCAGCAGCUUUCCUGACCGGAUCUCUGUCCACGCAAAUCAUACCAUCCAUCUACUGCCUAGUCUUCAUUAUCAGCUUGCUGCUUAACUCAUUUGCUGUGGCAAUGUUCUCCUGUCGGAUAAAAACCAAGAAACCAGCCGUGAUUUUUAUGCUGAACCUAGCCUUUGCAGACUUGCUGUUUACCCUGUUGCUGCCUCUGAAGAUCCAUUACCACCUCAGUGGGAAUGACUGGCUUUUUGGCCAAGCUUUGUGUCAGGUGGUCACAGUGGCUUUCUACUGCUACAUGUAUUGCACCAUAUUAUUAAUCAUGUGUAUAAGUGUGGAUCGCAUGCUAGCAGUGGCCUACCCCUUCUCUUCAGUGUCGUGGCGAAACGCUCAUAAUGCUGGCUUGGUUUGCACUGGCAUGUGGGUGUUGGCGCUCCUUGGCACAGUGCCCAUGUUCUCUAUGAACCAGACUAUGUAUCUCAGUGACCUAAACAUUACCACGUGCCACGAUGUACAGAAUCCGAGUGGCGGCGCAUACGUAUACCACUUUUCUGUCCUGCUAUGUCUCUUCUUCUUUGUGCCACUGGUUGUCACAGCAACGUGUUAUGCCCGCUUCAUUUGGGUGCUUGGCGUGAAGUCUGCCAAACACGGGAAUGGCGUUGCCUUGUCAUCAACGAUCUACUGGAAAAAGAGGAGGAGGGCUGUAAUGAUGUCGAUAGCUGUGGCAAUAGAGUUUGUGGCCUGCUUUGUACCUACUAAUAUCAUCCUACUGGUGCACUGCGUGGGUUUGGGCCUGGGCGAUGAACCAGAGGAGGGAGGUGUAGAUGCAUUAUAUGCUACCUACUUGGUGAGCCUUUGCCUGGGUAGUGUCAGUACCUGUCUGGACCCUAUGUUGUAUUACUAUGGCUCAUCACAGUGCCAGAAACAGAUUGCAGAGCUCCUGGGCUGCAAGAGCAGUUCUGGAAAUGAUUCAUUUGAUCUCAGCUCAGAAUCCUCUAAAUCCAGCAGUAAAGGAAACGCCACUCGCACGGUCAACGAUAGCAGCCAGUACAAGAAACUACUGGCCUGAUGAAAUCAGUCUAGGAGGAUGUGUCUCACACAGCGGAACAAUGUGUGUAU